AUGCUUGCAACAUUUGCUAGAAACUUUGCAGCUAAAAAGGUUACAAUCAAGCCACUUGGCAGCCGUGUUGUUGUAGAACUUAACAAGGCAGGCAAGCAAAAAGUUGGAAACCUUUAUGUUCCAGAAUCAGCUCAAAAGACACCAAAUCAAGCCACAGUUAUCGCUGUUGGCCCAGGCCAAAAGAGAAAUGGUGUUUUUGUCCCAACAACACUUAAGCCAGGACAGAAGAUUUUAAUGCCAGAAUUUGGCGGUCAAGUUCUUAAGUUCGAGGGCUACGAGUACACAAUUUUGAAUGAGGAGGAUAUUCUCGCUGUCUUUGAGUAA